GGGCAGAGGGACGUGUCUUUCCAGGUAUAAGCUAACUGUCUGGAAGUCACGAAGUCUCAGAGAAAACGUUAGACGAAGAAUAGCUAGAAAGUUUACUGAUUCCAAUACAAUUAUGUUGUAAAAUACUCAUAACUGGUUUGACGGUAUGCGGAAAGCUGGAGCUCUACUUGGAACUUGUACUUUGGAGCCCCUAUCAGAGAUCGGGCAGUUAUAAAUAAAGAGGUUUUACAGGAUCAGGCAUUCUCACGCCUAGCUGACACCGUCACUAUGUGGGUACUCGUCGCCUCUCUGAUAUUAGGCCUUCAGAUUGUGUCUGGCCAGAGCACUAUAAGAUGGUGCGCAAUCUCCGCUCAGGAGAUGACCAAAUGUAACGCUAUGGCGCAGGCCUUCAACAGUGUGGCCAUCCGUCCGACUAUCCAAUGCGUCAGCGACGCGUCUGUGGAAGGAUGCGCGCAGAAGAUCGGGAAAAACCAAGUAGAUGCCUUUUCAAUGAGCGCUAAGGAUAUCUACACACUGGGGGAAGAAACUGACUUCAAAAUAGCUGCAGGAGAGACUUCUGCCGAUGGAGAGGGCACCACCUACUAUGCGGUUGCCGUGGUGAAUAAGAUGAACCCGGACAUCAACAUCAACACACUGAAGGGCAGGAAGACAUGUCACACAGGGAAGGGACGUACUGCCGGCUGGAACAUGCCCCUGGGAUACCUCAUCGACCAGAGCAAGAUGUCUGUCAUGGGCUGUAACAUCCCACAGGGCGUGGCAGAUUUCUUUAAUGCCAGCUGUAUCCCUGGGUCACAGGAAGACCCUCCCUCCCUUUGCCAGCUGUGUAAAGGCAACAACGAUGGACAGUUCGUAUGUGACAACACUGACAAGGAGAGAUACUACGCUUACAGCGGGGCCUUCAGGUGUUUGGCUGAAGAUGCAGGAGAGGUGGCUUUUGUAAAGCACACCACAGUUAUGGAGAACACAGACGGAAACGGUGACCCUGCCUGGACCACCGGGCUGAAGUCUUCAGACUACGAGCUGUUGUGUAGAGACGGGACCAGGGCCCCGGUGACAGAAUACCGCCGGUGCCACCUGGUCAGGGUGCCAGCCAGGGGCAUCGUGGUUAAAUCUGACAUCAGUGGCACUGUGGUCUAUAACAUGCUGACAGAAGGACUGGCGAAGUCAGGUUUCCCCAUCUUUCAGUCGGGUGAGUCAGGCAGCAAUUUGCUGUUCAGUGAUUCGUCCAUAAAGUUCCUGCGGCCGGAGUAUGAUGAUCCUAAGGCGUGGAUGGGUUCCAUCUACUACAGCACUCUCAAAGCCAUGGACUGCAUCCCAGCGGAGAUACCUCAGUCCCUGCGUUGGUGUGUGUUGUCCAGCAAUGAGCAGCAGAAGUGUGCAGACAUGGCCGAGGCCUUCAGUGCCAAGUCUCUGGUCCCCAGUAUCCAGUGUGUGAUGGGAUCUUCAGUAGACGACUGCAUGAAGAAGAUCCAGAAUAAAGAGGCAGAUGCCAUCACCCUGGAUGGAGGUUACAUCUACACAGCAGGGAAAAGCUACGGCCUGGUGCCUGCUGCUGGGGAGAGCUACACAGGGGACAGUGAUGGCAGUAUCUACUAUGCUGUGGCAGUGGUGAAGAAGUCCAACAGUGACAUCACCACGCUGGAGAACCUGAGGGGGAAGAGCUCCUGUCACACUGGCUACGGCCGUACGGCUGGCUGGAACAUCCCCAUGGGCCUGUUCAUAGAGAAAGGUCUCAUCAGACCUGCUCAGUGUCAGAUACCACAAGCCGCUGGAGAUUUCUUUAAGAACAGCUGUGUCCCUGGUGCCAAUCAACCUGGUUUCCCUGGCAACCUGUGUGACCUGUGUGUGGGGGACAGCAAAGGGCAGAACAAGUGUGAGAAAGGCAAGGACCUGUAUGACGGAUACAAUGGAGCGUUCAGGUGUUUGGCCAAGGGAAGUGGAGAGGUGGCCUUCAUCAAGCACACCACUGUCUUCCAAAACACUGAUGGUAAUUCAGGUGAGCCGUGGGCCAUUGACCUGCAGUCUAAGGAUUUCCAGCUGCUGUGUCCCCAUGGCUCCAGGGCAGAGGUCACCCAGUACGCCCACUGUAACCUGGCCCGCGUCCCCUCCCACGCCGUUAUGGUACGGCCCGACACCAACAUCUAUGCCCUCUAUGGCCUGCUGGACAAAGCACAGGAGUACUAUAGUAGUGACACAGGUUCAGCAUUCAAGAUGUUUGACUCUUCUAAGUACCAGGGCUCUGACCUCAUCUUCAAAGACUCCACUGUCAGCAUGAUCGGAGUGGCCGAGAGGAAGACCUAUGACAAGUGGCUGGGACAGGGCUACAUGGACUCACUUACCAACAUGGAGUGCAACUCCUCUGCUAAAGCACUGUCUUCCCUGCUCCUGGUGGCUCUGAUGAGCUCCAUCUUCCUCUGGGUGUAAGAAGAAAUGUCCUAACCCAACCCAGCCCCCUGUCCAAGUUCCAGCCCCCUGUCCAAGUCCCAGCCCCCUGUCCAAGUCCCAGCCCCAACCCAGCCCCCUGUCCAAGUCCCAGCCCCAACCCAGCCCCCCUGUCCAAGUUCCAGCCCCAACCCAGCUUCCUGUCCAAGUCCCAGCCCCAACCCAGCCCCCUGUCCAAGUCCCAGCCCCAACCCAGCCCCCCUGUCAAUGUUCCAGCCCCAACCCAACUUCCUGUCCAUGUUCCAGCCCCCUGUCCAUGUUCCAGCCCCAACCCAGCCCCCCUGUCAAUGGUCCAGCCCCAACCCAGCCCCCUGUCCAUGUUCCAGCCCCAACCCAGCCUCCUGUCCAUGUUUCAGCCCCAAUUCUAGGCCAUGUUCCAGCCCUAACCCUAAUCCAACCCUAACCCUAAUCCAACCCCUGUCCAUGUUCCAGCCCUAACCCUAAUCCAACCCUAAGCCUGUUCAUGUUCCAGUCCUAACCCUAAUCCAACCCUAACCCCUGUCCAUGUUCCAGCCCUAACCCUAAUCCAACCCUAACCCCUAUCCCAACCUGAACCCCUGUCUAAAACCCUAGCCACAUUCCCAGCCUGAACCCCUGUCCAAAACCCUAACCAAAUUCCCAGUAGCAACACAAAACCUCUGUUUUUGUCCGACCACAAAUAUUCCAGCCCCAUUCCUUACACCAACCCCAGUAACCUACUCCCUCUGUAGGGAAUCUCUCCUCUUCUGCCAAAGCACCAGCAAUAACACUACACAUUACCACCCAGCGAACCACAGCAGCAUUUCCUGUCAUGUUGGAAUCUUUAGAAGACGAUGUCCGCAUCCCUUCCUGUAACUGAUUCAUAGCUUAUGAUUGUACUUUAGAUUCAUAGCUUGUGAUUGUACUAUAUACUGCUGUAUAUGUUGAUGCUAGGAUUUGUGAGGAAGGAUAACAUGUUGAAAAUACUAUUUGACUUGGGUCUAAAUUAUGGUCACUGUUGUUGAGUCAGUGAGUCAAAGUGCUUAUUGAGUCAGUGAGUCAAAGUGCUUAUUGAGUCAGUGAGUCAAAGUGCUUAUUGAGUCAGUGAGUCAAAGUGCUUAUUGAGUCAGUGAGUCAAAGUGCCUAUUGAGUCAGUGAGUCAAAGUGCUUGUUGAGUCAGUGAGUCAAAGUGCUUAUUGAGUCAGUGAUUCAAGGUGCUUAUUGAGUCAGUGAGUCAAAGUGCUUAUUGAGUCAGUGAGUCAAAGUGCUUAUUGAGUCAGUGAGUCAAAGUGCUUAUUGAGUCAGUGAUUCAAAGUGCUUAUUGAGUCAGUGAGUCAAAGUGCUUAUUGAGUCAGUGAGUCAAAGUGCUUAUUGAGUCAGUGAGUCAAAGUGCUUAUUGAGUCAGUGAGUCAAAGUGCUUAUUGAGUCAGUCUCUCAAUGGGGAAAAGAUCUUGUUUUCUUUGGUUGAGCUAUAGAGGAUGAAGUCAUUCCCAACCAGAGAUGACGAAGGAUUGCUAUUAUGCUUACUGACGGUAACUGCCAUAUCAGUGUAUAUGUUUUUACUCGUUACAUACUUUACUAUGCAGUGUUUGUCUGUCCGCAAGGUGUGUGUUGCUUACACUGACUAUUGUGAGUACUACUUAUGGGCACAAGCCAUAUCUGGGAAUAUGGCGUGUUUUGCACAUUCUGCCUUUACUGUAUAAGCUAAUGCCAUAUCAGUGAAUAUGCACUGCUUGAACUACAGGAUGUGUGUUGGGAAAUGUUUUGAAAAGAGUCAAGGGGGGGGGGGUUAUUCAUAUGUUCUCCCCAAAUUCUGGAAAGACAAACAUUUAAGCCAAAACAACUUGUUCACUAUCUAUAUUUAGGGGCUCGAUUCAAUUCGUAUCGCGGGAAUUUCAGCGUUACAGCGUGAAUAGAGGCCUAGAAGUUUCCAUUUGUUUGGCUGGUAAUCAAAUUCUACGAUAAGAAUGAUGUGAAUUAUAGCCUACUGAUAAAUAUUAUGGAUUGGAACCUGCUUGCACCUGAUAUGCACUUGUAUCGGUCAGAACAUUCAUUCUUUUUUGGAGAGAACAUUGAACAAGCCAUCCUUGUUUUUGCUUUUGAAACUUAGGUGUACUUUGAGUUUAAAGUAAUGUGGAAUUUUGAAAAUUACAGAGUCAGGUUUAAAUUCUUAUAUUACAUUUCAAUGUUGUACACAUGAGCUAAAAUCCAUCAUCUAUAACAAUAGUGAUUAUAAGGAAUGGAACUCUACCCAACUCUGAUCAAGUGCUUCUUGAUUCCUGCAUUGCUACUGUGACAGCGCAUAGUAUUCCUUUUAUUUUUGCUGCUCUCGUGCAAUUGUGUGUUCCUGUCCAGAAUAUCAGCUUGAUUUUUAUGUUUAUUUCAAUGAGAGAUAAGUUUAUAUGAUGCUCAGGUGCCAUAUCAGUGUAUAUGUACAGAGUACUGACUCAUUUCUGUCAGAAACAAACGCUUGCCUUCAAAGUCGUAGCAAUUUCUUCGAUGAAAUGAUAAACAUGUAACUAAUAUUUAGUUGCCAGGCCAGUGCGUCUGCGUAAGUAUUGCUACAAACUGCUUCUUUAAGAAUUCUAUGCUGUUCUUAUUAAAAAUCUGCAUAUGGAA